CAUGGGUAUGCGCGGUAUUGUGAGCUGUCAAACUGUCAAUCUUCAUUUUUGGUUUGUGCGUUUGUUUCGUGGGCUUCGCAAGGGAUCCUCGUUGGCUUAUCAAGCGCUCUGAUGACAACGCCAUAUUCCUUCGAGUCCUCCGCCGCCUGAGCUUGAUUUUCAAUGCACUUGUUUGACCUUGUUGACGCCCACUGGAGUAACUCUCUGAUGCGAAAAUCAAUUUGUUCCGGUGCCGUGAGCACGUUGACAUAUCUCCCCAUGAUGACAUCGGGAAUGAACAUUUCCCAGUCGCAGACACUCAAAAGCAUUUCCGCGUAA